ACGUACUGUGGCAACCAAAUCAAGAAAGUCGUUGUCAAGAUGAAGUUGGCAUUUGCAUGUGUUACGGCUGUUCUUCUCUCUGGUGUGUCGGGCCAUGAGUGGUUCGCAAGGAGAGAUGCUGAAUCAGGAUCAUUUACUGCAUGUAAGAACUUAUUUGCACCAGUCGUUCGGAUCCUGCAACAACAAAGAUUCAGAUAUCUUAUUGAAGAUGGCCAACUGAGCCUUGACUGCAGCCAACAGACAAUGUCAAGAGCAGAAGGAUGUCGAUUCUCCGACGAGUUCGCUUGUUAUUCCCGAUACCCACCCGAUAUUCUGUUUAUUGUCCUCAAUACCUUCUGCAGCCACAGAACAGAAAUCGAGGACGAUGCGUCAUGUUGGACCAGUGAUCGCUUGCCUGGGGCUUUUAUUUCAUGUUCACGUCAAUCCAGUUCCGCCAACUUUGCCAACUGUGUGCAAGGAAGUGUGACCAAUUUGACAGAGUGCUCUUCCGGUCGUACCGGCGCCAUCUUACGGCAGCUGGUGUUGGAUGUGCGUGCUUAGACGACGUCACACCUCCACGCAGACAGUGAGGAAACUGGACCGAUACUCUAAGUAAUGUUUGUUUGGGAAUAAAUUAGUCUAUCAUUA